AUGUAUGGAAUAUUAGUCAUUGGAGCUCCUGGAGCUGGCAAAUCAACGUUUUGCACUGGAUUAUCUGAUAUAUUUUCGCAACUUAAACGAGAGUUUUGUAUUUUUAACUUGGACCCAGCAAAUGAUAACAAUGAAUAUGAUGCCCACUUUGACAUAAAGGAGCUAAUCACUGUUGAAGAAGUAAUGGAACGUUUAGAAUUGGGACCGAAUGGAGCUUUGAAAUACUGCAUUGAAACAUUGUGUAGGAACCCUGAAUGGCUAAUUGAGAAAAUACUAGCGAAUAAACAAAAAUACAUCAUCAUCGAUUGCCCCGGCCAGCUAGAAUUAUACAAAAGUGAGGGAGAAUUGUGGAGAGUUAUUCGGAAAUUGGAAAGUGCUGGAGUUCGAUUAUGCGCACUUCAUCUCGCCGAUUCCCUUUAUUGCUCUGACGCUUCAAAGUUCAUAUCAGUUGUCAUGUCAACGUUGUCAACAAUGGUCACUCUAGAAAUGCCACAAGUGAACGUGCUGUCCAAGAUAGAUCUCUUCGACCGGAAUGCUUCGUUCAAUUUAGAAUAUUUCCUUCAAUUGCCCGAUAUUUCAAAACUGCUUGAAAUGUUGAAUGAUGUCCCAGGUUUAGAUAGAUACCAAGCCCUCAACAAUGCGAUUUGUCAAGUCAUAAGUGAUUUUGAUCUUGUGAAUUUUCUACCUCUCGAUGUGAGAAAGAAAGAGAGCAUGGCACAGAUUAUAAAAGCUAUAGAUACUGCAAAUGGAUAUGCAUUGGUGGAGCAGGAAGGCGACAUCCGAGACAUGGUUCUCACGCAAUCUACUCAUGAAAGUUAG